CGUGACUGGUUGUGUGCUGGGAGAGAGAGAGAGUGGAGGAGGGGGGAGGGGAAGGCUCGUGCGUGGAUGAGAGGCAGGCGGCAGGAGCAGCAGCUCUUUUGUGGCGCGCGCUGCUGGGGACUAGCCCGCGAGCAGCAGGGCGCUCUGUCCAGCCAGGCGCGCGCAGCGCCGCCAUCUCCAACACACUGGCAGCCGCAGGGACUGGGACAGCGACAGCAGGGACAGUGACAGGGUCAGGGAGAGAGACAGGGACGGAAACCUCCUCGGCCAGGCGCGCUCACGCGGACACGGGCGCAGCGGCACCAUGGCGCAAGCCGCCAAGCAGGUACGCAAGAACAGGGACCUAGCGGAGGCAGCGGCCCAGGAGCAGCGCGAGAAGGAGGAGGAGAAGAUCAAGAAGAGGAACCGCUCGAGGGACCGCAGGCGCAAGGCGGAUGCAGCGACCAGUUUUUUGCGUGCUGCGCGCUCAGGUAAUCUGGAAAAGGCUCUGGACCAUAUCAAAAACGGAAUAGACAUCAACACAGCCAAUCAGAAUGGACUUAACGGGUUGCACUUGGCUUCGAAGGAAGGCCAUGUUAAGAUGGUGCUGGAGCUGCUGCACAAUGGGAUUGAACUAGAGAGCACCACAAAGAAAGGGAAUACUGCCCUACAUAUUGCUGCUUUGGCUGGUCAAGAGAAAGUUGUCGCUGAGCUAGUCCACUAUGGUGCCAAUGUCAAUGCUCAGUCUCAGAAAGGUUUCAGUCCCUUAUAUAUGGCAGCACAGGAGAACCACUUGGAAGUAGUGAAAUUUCUUUUGGAGAAUGGAGCCAAUCAGAGCCUUCCAACUGAGGAUGGCUUCACGCCACUGGCCGUGGCUCUGCAGCAGGGCCAUGAGAAUGUGGUGGCUCUCCUCAUUAACUAUGGCACCAAAGGCAAAGUGCGCCUACCUGCUCUCCAUAUCGCCGCCCGCAACGACGACACACGCACCGCAGCUGUGCUGCUGCAGAACGACCCCAACCCUGAUGUCCUCAGCAAGACUGGCUUUACUCCUCUUCACAUUGCAGCACAUUAUGAGAAUUUGAGUGUUGCACAACUCCUUUUGAACAGAGGAGCCAAUGUGAACUUCACACCUAAGAAUGGCAUCACUCCACUGCAUAUUGCUGCCAGAAGGGGGAAUGUGAUCAUGGUUCGUCUGCUCUUGGACAGGGGGGCUCAGAUAGAUGCCAGGACGAAGGAUGAGCUGACCCCGCUGCACUGCGCAGCCAGGAAUGGCCACGUGCGGGUCAUUGAGAUCCUCCUGGACCAAGGAGCGCCCAUCCAGGCCAAAACUAAGAAUGGCCUGUCUCCCAUCCACAUGGCAGCGCAGGGAGAUCACAUGGACUGCGUGCGGCAGCUAUUGCAGUACAACGCUGAGAUCGAUGACAUCACUCUGGACCACCUGACGCCGCUGCAUGUGGCAGCGCAUUGUGGCCAUCACCGCAUGGCCAAGGUGUUGCUGGACAAGGGAGCCAAGGCCAAUGCUCGAGCCCUGAAUGGCUUCACUCCUCUACACAUUGCCUGUAAGAAGAACCAUAUGCGCUCCAUGGACCUCCUGCUCAAGCAUUCAGCGUCUUUGGAGGCAGUGACUGAGUCUGGUCUUACUCCACUCCAUGUCGCUUCAUUUAUGGGGCACCUUAACAUAGUGAAGAGCUUGCUGCAGAGAGGAGCUUCCCCUAAUGCAUCUAACGUGAAAGUGGAGACUCCUUUGCACAUGGCUGCUCGAGCAGGUCACUGUGAAGUGGCUCAGUUUCUGUUGCAGAACUCAGCCCAGGUGGAUGCUAAAGCUAAGGAUGAUCAGACUCCACUUCACUGCGCAGCACGAAUGGGCCAUAAGGAGUUGGUGAAGCUGCUGUUGGAACAUAAGGCCAGUCCUGACUCAGCCACCACGGCUGGCCAUACCCCUCUGCACAUUGCUGCCCGGGAGGGACACGCCCAGACCACACGUAUUCUCUUAGAUGGCAAUGCCCAGCAAACCAAGAUGACUAAGAAAGGGUUUACUCCCCUUCAUGUGGCGUGUAAAUAUGGGAAGGUGGACGUGGCGGAGCUGCUUCUAGAGAGAGGAGCCAAUCCCAACGCAGCAGGCAAGAAUGGACUGACCCCUUUGCAUGUAGCUGUCCAUCACAACAACCUGGAUGUGGUCAGGCUGCUGGUCAGCAAGGGUGGCUCUCCGCACAGCACUGCCCGAAAUGGUUACACUCCUCUGCACAUUGCGGCUAAGCAGAAUCAGCUGGAGGUGGCCAGCAGUCUGCUGCAGUGUGGAGCCAGUACCAACGCUGAGUCCCUGCAGGGGGUCACGCCACUACACCUGGCCGCUCAGGAGGGACGACCCGACAUGGUCGCUCUCCUCAUCUCCAAGCAGGCCAACGUCAACCUGGGAAACAAGAAUGGCCUGACCCCUCUGCACCUGGUGGCACAGGAGGGACACGUGGGCAUCGCAGACAUGCUGGUGAAGCAGGGCGCCUCAGUUUAUGCAGCCUCAAGGAUGGGAUACACACCCUUACAUGUGGCGUGUCACUAUGGCAACAUAAAGAUGGUGAAGUUCCUUUUGCAACAGCAAGCCCACGUAAACAGUAAGACCAGAGUGGGCUACACACCUCUUCAUCAGGCAGCUCAGCAGGGUCAUACGGAUAUUGUCACUCUGCUCCUGAAACACGGUGCCCUCCCCAAUGAGAUCACGACUAACGGAACCUCACCCCUGGGCAUCGCUAAGCGGCUAGGCUAUAUCUCUGUCAUUGAUGUGCUCAAACUGGUGACUGAGGAAUCCGUGUCCAUGAUCACCACAGAGAAGCAUCGUAUGAGUUUCCCAGAGACGGUGGAUGAGAUCCUGGAUGUGUCAGAGGAUGAAGGAGUUACGCAGCUUACAUUAGGUGAUGAGUUGCUGGGGAUGGAUGGUGCUCGCUACCUGAAGCUGGACGACCUGAAGGAUCAGGAUGAUGACUUUCUUUCACCAAAGAAGACUCUGCGAGACUUUGAGAGUGGACUGGGCACAACACCGUACUCACCUGCUAUUCCCAGAAUUCCAUGUGUAUCUCCAGAGACUGUCAUGCUGGACCAGCAUACUCCUGUCCCUCUGCCUAAAGAAUAUGAUGAGGACUCUCUGAUCCCCAGUAGUCCAGCCACAGAAACCUCAGACAACGUUAGCCCAGUGGCCAGCCCCAUCCACACUGGGUUUCUGGUCAGUUUCAUGGUAGACGCGAGGGGUGGGUCCAUGCGUGGCAGCAGACACAAUGGAUUACGAGUGAUCAUUCCCCCACGCACCUGUGCUGCACCCACACGAAUUACCUGCCGUCUGGUCAAACCACAGAAACUAACGACCCCUCCUCCUCUGGUGGAGGGAGAGGGCCUCGCCUCUCGCAUUAUCUCACUGGGGCCCUCCAGCAUGCAGUUCUUGGGGCCAGUGAUCGUGGAGAUUCCUCACUUUGCUUCUUUGGGGAGAGGUGAUCGAGAACUUGUGGUCCUGCGCAGUGAGAAUGGCUCAGUUUGGAAGGAGCAUCGCAACCGCUACGGUGACGAUGUGCUGGAGACCAUUCUCAAUGGCAUGGAUGAAGAUCUGGAAAGUCAGGAAGAGCUGGAGAAGAAAAGAAUCCGUCGGAUCAUCUCAACAGACUUCCCCCUUUACUUUGCGGUGGUGUCACGUGUCCAGCAGGAGAGUGAUUUGAUUGGUCCAGAAGGAGGUCAGCUGAUCAGUAAGCUGGUCCCCCAAGUCCAGGCUAUUUUCCCUGAGACGGCUGUUACCAAGCGAGUGCGGCUAGGCCUGCAGGCUCAGCCAAUCGCCGAUGAGCUGCUGACUCGGCAGUUAGGUAAUCAGGCCACGUUCAGCCCCGUUGUGACGGUGGAGCCACGCAGACGUAAGUUCCACAGGCCCAUUGGCCUGCGCAUCCCUUUGCCCCCAUCUUGGAGGGAGAGUCCACGGGAUGCUGGAGAGGGAGAUACCACCAGCCUGCGGCUCCUCUGCAGUGUUAUUGGAGGCACGGCCCCAGCUCAGUGGGAGGACAUCACUGGCACCACCAAGCUAAUGUAUUCAAACAACUGCGCCAACUUCACCACCAAUGUGUCAGCAAGGUUCUGGCUGGCGGACUGUCCUCGGACAGCAGAGGCUGUGACCUUCGCCAACCUACUGUACCGUGAACUGAUGGCAGUGCCAUACAUGGCCAAGUUUGUGGUGUUUGCCAAGAUGAAUGAAGCACGGGAGGGCCGCCUGCGCUGCUACUGCCUGACUGAUGACAAGAUGGACAAAACCCUGGAGCUGCACGAAAAUUUCACAGAGGUGGCGCGCAGCCGAGACAUUGAGGUAAUGGAGGGGAUGCCAUUGCACUUAGAAUGUUCUGGAAACCUGGUACCAGUAAGGAAGGCCACCCAGCAACCUCGUACUUUCAGUUUUCAGGCCUUCAGAGACAACAGACUACCCGUCUCAGUGAAGGUGAGAGACAGUAAUAAGGAUGCCACUGGGUUCCUGUCUUUCCUCCGCAAGUCCACCAAAUAUGAGGAAACGCAGCAUGUGCUGUGCAACCUCAACAUCACCAUGCCUCCCUGUGUUAAGGUGGCGGGAAGUGAAGACCGUAGGCGGACUCUUACGCCACUGGCCUUGAGGGAGCGAUACAGUGCCCUAAACGAGCCAGGCCUGGUUACUGUGAAUGCCAUUGAGAGGACAGAGCUGAAAAUCACGCUGAUUGCUGAGCAGUUGGGCUUAAGCUGGACUGAGUUGGCCAGAGAGCUGCAGUUUGGUGUUGAUGACAUUAAUAGAAUACGAGUAGAAAAUCCCAACUCCCUCCUUGACCAAAGCUCAGCUCUGCUAAACCUGUGGGCCAGCCGGGAGGGCAAGAUGGCCAAAAUGGAGAACUUGUAUGGAGCAUUGAAGAACAUCGACCGGUCAGACAUUGUGAAGUCUCUAGAGGCUCAGGCUCCACAGGCUGUACCGGAGGCUGGAGAGGAGGGGGCCUGCAGGCUGGCAGAGCGUGACUCCACCAUGCUGUCUCCCAGUGUGAUUAAUGGUUACGGGCUGGUACAGGAGGAGCUGCUCUCACCGGCCUCUAUGCAGUACAGCCUGCCUUCACCGCUGGGCGUGGAGCCCUACUGGCAGGAGGUGUCAAGCUUGGAGUGUGCACCUAUUGCCCCCACUGAGGAGGAGGCCAUGCUGGAGAUGUCGGACGUUCAGGUGUGGCCGGCGGGCGUCAGUCCAUCCCUGGUGACCGUGGAGGACUCGUCUCUGGACGGCAGCAGCCGAGCAGAUGAUUCAGACGCUAACACGCUGAGCCUACCCUGCAGCAGCUUGGGACGUCCCAGCAGUGGUGCAAGUGGAGCCAGCGGAUCCAUCAUGGAGCUGGAGGAGGAGGAGGAAGAGGAAGAGGAGGUGGAUGAGGAGGACAUGCAGCAUGAUCCAGUAGCUGGGGGUGCCAUUCCCAAAGCCAACCCUAACAGGCAGGUUGGAGGUCAGAGGUCAGAAGGCAGGAGAGCAGAGGUGGCGGCGGGCUGCAGUAUGGCAGGGGGAGCUAGAGGAGGUGCAGGUGGAGGAGGGGCAAUUGCAAGCUCAGAGGAAAAGUUUUCUGUUCUUACAGGGCAGCAGAUAUAUGCUCAGCUGUGUGAGAGGACCGGACUGACCAGAGCACUAGAGCACAAUGGAGACAGGCUAGGCAGCGGUGCUUUUCAGCCAUAUGUCCAGGAGAAGGAGGCCUUUUCUGAGUCCCUGCACAGCUGGUCCCAGUCCAAAGGCAGACAGGCUGUGGGGUCGUCUGGACGGGAGCAGAGUCAGCCACGCGUGGCACAAGAAGCCCUGCUGACGCCGGUAUGUGACACGGGCCAUUCGGAGGUCCUGCGUGGGAGGCUCCUGGGCACUCAGCCCUUUGAGAAAGGGCUGGGCUUCUCCCACCAGGAGGGGGAGUUGCGGGUGUGGGACCAGGACAGACAGAAGGCACAGAGAGAUGAGCCAGUAGAGUUCACCAGUGAGCAUCUGAGGGAGGAGCAGUUCACUGAUGAGCACGGCAACGUCAUGACCAAGCUGGGUGUGGAUGUGAAGAGGGGAGCACAGACUGUGAAGCACGCCAGUCUGCGGAGAGUAAAGCACUGAAACUAACACAUACUGUCCUGAAGGGCCGGACAUCCACUGCCAAACCAUCCUUCACCCAGACACACUUGGGAGACAGAACGAGACGAGGAGUGCACGAAAGGCAGGACGAUGGGAGAAAAAGCACUAAAUGAAGGAGAAUGACAACACAUCCCACCCUCUACCACUCCCCCCUAAAAAACCUGACAGAUACGACUGUGGGGCAGCGCUCGAGAAAAGGAGGAGAUCUACCUGUAGUUUUGUAUCAUUUUUAACAAUAAUGAAAAAAAAAACAUACAACUAGCGUAGGGCAUGAUCUUUUUGUACAAAAGAUGAAGAAAAAAAUACCGCAAAAAAAUCAAACAAAAGUGCUUCCUGUCAACUGUAAACGCAUGAUUGAUUGCUGGUGCAUGACCUAUGACCUUUGAGCUGUCAUUAUCUAUAAACUGAAACGGUACAUGGUAAAGGAACAUCAUCGUAGGACCGCACAGAACUUACGGACCUUCAUUCCAAAAAAGGAAGGAGUGGACUGAAAAAGAGGGUCGUCUUGGGACAACACAGCCAAAAAAAGCAACAGUUCUUCUAUUUUUUUUUUUUUCCUCAACAAACACAAAGCAGCGUAGCCUAUGCUGAGCCCAUCACUGCUUCAUCUACAUGGGCCCUUUAUCCUGUUACUAAAUGUGACUAUAUGCACUCUAUGCUAUGUGGAUGUGUGUCCAUGUGUGCGUGUGUGUGUCCGUUAUCUAAAGCAUGUGUAACUCGCUUCUGGCUUGGCACUGAGCGUUCUUCUCCUGCCACGUUGAGAGCUGUUCAGUGUGUGAAUGAGAAUAAGCUCGCUGUGCUCUCUGCUUGUGAGUGUCUGUGUGUGUGUGUUUUUCCAGGCUUUUUUUGAUCCCCUUUGUGAAAUGUGUUUGUGUUCCUUUGAUACGGUCCACCACAUUUUGUUUAUGUACUACCUGGUAAGAAUCAAAAGGGUGCCCCCUAAGAAGAGGGAACAUUCGAUAUAAAAUGUGUGUCGGUCUGUUUGUGCCAACGCAACACCCCAAUGUCCCUCACCACUAUUACAGUGACUGUCUCUCUAUCUCUCUCUCUCUGCGUAUCUCUGUGUCUGUUUUUCUCUUGUAGGUAUCUGUCUUUUCUUUAAGCUCUGUAUCUCUUUGGGUGUGCCUCACAUUUUGUUGCUCCCCCCAUCUUUCUCUCCUCUGUUUUCGUCUCUGUCUUAUUUCUUCUUUUUUUUCUCUCUGUACAUGCAUGUAUGUAUAAUAUAUAUAUAUCUUUACCUGUCUGUCUGUCUUUCCUUUUUGUUCCUGUCUUUCUCUUGCUCUUUCUGUCUCUCUGGUUUAUUUCUGAUCUCUCUCAGAGUCUGCCUCACUUUGCUCUCUCUCCCUCUCUCUUUCUCUCCCGUUAUGCCCCCCCUUCCCCCCCCCCACCAUUGAGCCAUCCAUAUCUGUAGUCUGUGUACACAGCUCCUAUGAACUGACUCCUGUGACUGAUGUAGCACUGCGCGCUGCUCCUCAUGCUUCUCUAUGGGCCUGCCCUGGGGUCCGCACUCAUCCUUCAUUUCCCGGGCAUUAUUGUUUUGACCCUUACUGACUAACGAAAGGUUGUAGCAGAAACGCACAGAGUUCUGGUGCGCACUUUGAGUUACUGCCAAUGUAAUAUGUACAACGCAGGACAACAUUUCAAUUGAAGAGAAAGCGUUUUAAAUCUUUAAAUGUUUUCAAUUUGCAGUAACAUCCAUAUAGAUGUACAGUAAGCAUAGGCAGAUAAAUAUAUACAGACAGCACUGUGAUAGUCCACCUUGAAAUUGACCCCUGAACUGUGAACUCACAACUGUCUGUUGUUUGGCUUUAUAUGUCUCACCCACACAUUUCCAUAGAGAUCUAUUAAUACACAGUAAAACAGACAUUCUUUGUAAUUAUAUCUACCACACAUGAAUCUUUACAUUCAUUUGUUGAUUUAAUGCAUAGUGACUUUUGAGGAGAUCCCAAGCAAACUAUUUACGCUUAAACUACCAAAGCAAUAAUAUCAAACAUGGUAACAGUUGGGUGUAUGUAUGUGCGUGUGGGUGUGUGUGAGCCUGUGUAUGUUCAGUAUUUAUUUUGUACACCCAACAUUUGAGUAGCAUUUCUAAGACUUAUACAGUUCAAGUGAUAUCAGUAGAUGCAUGAAUACAAAAAGUCACUCAGUAUGCAAGCAUGUGACUUUCAUACCGACUCAAGUUCGUUGAACGGACUCCACAUACCGAUGUCUUAAAACUGAAAGCUGGAGGGGGAGCUUUGUUGGCUGCGUAAUCCAUAAGGCUUAGUUUUUAUAUGACUUGAUGGCUGAAACUCAGCAUUUCAGCUCAGUAUUCAAAUGUAGCACAGAUGCUUACAUACACACAUGAGCAUUUAUUUUUUCCUGUUUUGAAGAAAACAGUAAGUGAAUGAACAAGUGAAUGGAUGGAUGAAUGAAUGUCCUUGUCCAUAAAAAAAAAUAAGUGAACUGAUCUACGACUCUAUGGUUAAUGGAAAAAGUGAUUGUAUUUUACUGUUUAAGUAGUCAGAUUAGGUCCUGAUUCUGUGGUGAAUGAGUGAAGCUAUGUUCCCUGUGUGUUUCCUCACUUCCACUGACUGUAAUCUUAGUUUUUUUCUCUACAGUUCACUCAGGUUUGUGUUAACAAAUGUUUUUUUUCUUCCACGUAUCGACACCCAUUCAGAGAUUAAUCCUACAGUAUGACCAUCUACAGGAACAUGAGUAUUGUCAUUUGAGGGGCGUUGGGGUGUAGGCAAGGGGCAGCAGUUACUGCAGAAUUAAAUAUGUCAUGGAUAUCAGUCAGACUUGCUCAGACUCAUCUAAUGUUUGAGCUGGUCCAGUUACAUUAAAGGAACGUCCAUUGACGCAUGCAGGGGGUUUGAGGGCCGAGUUGGGGGGAGGGGGGCGGGGUGGUAGGACACAGUGUCCUUUUUAAAAAAGGGCACGCAAUACGAAAGGACAUUACAAUUCUGAUGUAUUACAAUGAGUUUAUGUAAAAUGUUACUGUUGCAAAAAUCUAGAGUUCACCUAUACUCCUUUAGAAUGGAUAAACGACAAUAUUAACGCAAUAUCAUAUUACUCUGUACUAAGGAAUGCAACUGCACACAUGCACAGAAAAGAUGUUUUUAAUAAAGAAUAUAUGUAUAAAUAUAUGAAAAAAUAUAUAUAUAUUAAUUAGAAUGCUAUGCACCCUUAUUAGAGUUGUUAUGGAUGUACUUUAAGCAUACUAGCUAGAAUCGAGUUAUAUGAACAUGCCCAUAUCAUGGGGAAUGUAGAGGCUUUGUAGCUAUUUGAACUUGUUUUCUUUUCUUUUUUUAUUGUUAUGGAGAGAAGAAAAACAAACAUGAAUAUGUAUACAAGCCUUUUAAUCAGAUUCAUUCUGACAUGAAGAUGUGUAUAGAUCAUUUACCCUGCACACCAGCUCAGACCAUUUACAGAAAUUAAUAAAGAAAGAUGUGACAUA